AUGAAGGCGUGGUGAGCCCGCUUAAAAGAGCUGGGAUGAAACAUACGUCAUCCCGUCUGAUUUCUAUGGCCAACUGCAGCGGUGUCGUCAUCACGCUUGAUUCCCAUUGGUUAAAUUGGUUGUCGGUUAUGUGCUGACCAAUAGCGUUGCAGCCACAGCAGGGAGAGUUUAACUGAACCCGCCCAACGCACCACCAGAGAAGACGAACUGCUGAAUACACCAGCAAUAUUAACACAGGAGAAUUACUUCUAUAUAACGUCUUUAAAGGAUGUUAUAAUCUAGACUUUAUAUAUUGAAUCAUAAACAUAUACGUUGUGACAUGAGCGUAUUUGGAUGAAAUAGAGCUCAAUCGUUAUCUCUCUGUGUAAAUAUACGAGUUGGAUUAGCUAGCGCGUUGAUUUAGUGCUGUAUGUGUUUUUAACGCGGUCUCUUAACCAGGCGUGAAUAUAGACUAAACAAGUGGCUAUGUGUGUCGCUGUGGAAACCAGUUUGGCGUGAAUGGGAAUACUGGGAAGCGGGAUGGCACUGUGGUGGAGGAUAGUGCUGAUGGCUCUGCUGUGGGAGUUCCAGAGUGUUGUGUGUCGUGAGGUGACUCUUCCACCAGGUCCAUUGUACCGUGUAGCAGGGUUCUCCAUGUCUCUGCCCUGCACUGUUUCAGGGUAUGAGGGUCCAAGAACACAGGACUUUGAAUGGUUCUUGUUCCGUGAGACUGCAGCGGAAAUGCAGCUCGGGGUCGUGUCCACUAGAGAUAGAGGCUUUCCCUACGCCCCUUACCUGCAGCGAGUGAAAUCAGGCGAGGUCCGGGUGGAGAGGGACUCGGGUGACAAAGCCAGACUGGUGAUUCAGAGACUUCGUCCAGAAGAUCAGGGACGUUAUGAGUGUUACACACCAAGCACUGACACACGAUACCAAGGCAGCUACAAUGCAGCUGUGGUUGUCAAAGUGAUACCAGACACAUUGCUGAUAACUCACUCUCGCAUUCUGACUGGCCAGCCUGUCAUAGAAGGGACAGAGCUUCAGCUGACAUGCGCUGCUUCUGUCCAGUCAGCGCAGCACACACAUUUGUCUGUCACGUUUGGGAUGCGAGGCAGCACCGACUCUGGCUCUCUGGGCCACAAUCUGAAGGAAAUCAUCUCCAUCGACCGUGAGCUACGUGUAACCCCUGGCCGGGGAGGCUCUUAUGAGAAGAGGUACAAUAAUGGUGAGAUUUCUCUGGAGAAGAGAAGUGGAGAUGAAGAUCGGGACCUUUACAUUCUAAAGAUAAGCAUGCUGGCCUUGGAGGAUUCUGGUUCGUAUUUCUGUGAGGCAGCACAGUGGGUCUUGGACCCAUCAGGCCAAUGGGAACGCAUCGCCCAGAGGACCAUGGAACUGGGAAACCUCUCCGUGCAACCACUUGCGGACACUCUGUCUGUGAGCACAGUGCCAGUGGGUGAGGUGGCACUGCAACCUGGGUCCCCUCUCACCCUCACAUGUCUGGUGUCGGGUGCGGGUUCGUGGAAUCGCUCGGCUCUGCUGGUGCAGUGGUUGCGGCGUGGGCCAGCAGGAGGAGUGGAAGUGGAGGUGGCCCGCAUGAGCCCCAACGGAGUGGUGAGCUGGGGCGAUGACAUCAGUAAUGGAGGAGGGGGCAGUAUGGAGAAGGGGGCAGAGGGGAGAUUUUCUCUGCGACGCUUCUCUGCGCACCCAGCUGAUGCUGGACAGUACCGCUGUGCUGUGAGUGUGUACGCUGGGCAGCUCAGUCCAGCACCAUCCAGCCCUGCUACACUUACUCAGAGGUCUGAAGGUGUUAUGGUCAGCCUCAGGACUAAAGAGGUGAGUGUACUGGCAGUCAUUGAGUUACCACAUCGGCCACUCCUGAAACGCGGGAGCACCGUCACCUUGCUCUGUAAUGUCUCAGUGGUGAUCACAGGCCCCACUCAGGUGGAAGUGCAGUGGUGGCAGGAGAAACGGGAGCUGGAUGGGACAGAAGACAUGCCCCUAGGACAUGCCAAAGGCAGUAUCCUUGCGACACUGACCUAUGAUGGAUUGUCUCGUAUCUACAGUAAUGGAAGUGAAUUGAGCAUUGACCGUGUUUCUGCUGGAACCUACAGACUACGCAUCUUUUCAGCACAUGAGGAUGACCAAGGGGAUUACCAUUGCCAGGCAGAAGUAUGGACCCAAGACCCCCAUGGAGCCUGGUACAAUACAGGUGCCAGGGCAGAGUCAGCCACGGUACACGUAUAUUUAUAUGCACGAGUUAUGGACCUUCUUCUUAUACCACUGGUAGUUGGUGUCUCCUCUGCCCUGUUUGUGGGCGCGGUCAUCAUCGCCAUGGUAACAUGCUGCUUCAUGAAUCGACUUGCCAGGCAGCGUUCCCAGAUAAGGAAGUAGAAAACAGGCCAGAUUCCCUGCAGCAAUUACCGACAGGCCAAUAAUGUAAGUUUAAGGAUAAAAAGAUUAAAUAAAUAUAAUUGAGUAUACUUGAUGGAGGAAUGAUGUAUACUGACUUCUGCUGGUAUGUUUGUGAGAGACAGCUCCGACUGUUGGGUUGAACUAUUAAAUCACACGUUCAAAGUGUGCCAACAAGUUCUUUAUUUUCUUCCAAGCCACAAUUAGCCUAAUUGUGUUAGGUAUAAACUUUAAAUCAAAACUUGCCAGAUGUUUCAUGUGGCUUUUUUGUUUGUUUCAAAGAAUUGACCAAUUUUUUUCUGUGUAUUUGUUUUUAUAAAUGUGAUGUAAUAUGUUUAACAAAACCUGGUUUUGGUACAAGAAACUAUGUAUAUAUAGUGCUCCUAUAUAGCAUGCCAUAAAUUUUUCACCAUUGUUUUUAUGGUAUUUAUGAAACAAUGGAAAUUAAGCAAAAUGUUGCACUGACCUCUGUAGAGUUAAAGACAAGGCAUCCCAGGUACUUAUACACUCAUAGCCCACACACAGUUCAUUCUGUACUGUAAUUAAGCAAAGCUUUGAUGAUAGGAAUUAGUUUACAAUGGGUGGAAUAAGCUAAACACUGUGUGUAGCAUCCCAGCAAUUUAGAAAUCAGCUUGGAGCCACUGAAUGAAUAGAACCAUGCCAAUACAGUAGUAGUAUAUAGUUAUAUAGUGAAUUAAACUUGCAGGGAUGUUACACACUGUAAAAUAAAUUCAAUUACCAGAAAGAAUCUUGACCACUUUAUAAACAGUGAAAAUGCUGAUAAAUAUGAUCUGUAUAUUCUACUGCUGAAAGGCUGAUGGGUGCUCUACUUACACUGCAAUAAAGCCGUACUUGUACGUAACUGCACUUAAGCUGCCAGUAGACACAGCUUGAAAUGUAGAGACUCUAAUUGAAAUGCUGUUGCAAAAACUGAACGUCUGGUUCAAAUUAGACAAACCUAGACUUCUUAGAUAAAUCGGCAGUACCAUAGUGGGACAAGGACCAAA